GUCACACUGGUUUCGGACUGAGAGAAGUUCACGUCGAAAACAUUUCAAGAAGAAAAAAAUGGCCUUCCCAAUCCCAAAGCCUUUCAAAUGGAGUGAAGAAUUCGAAGUCUUCUACAAGACCCUAGAUGAACAACAUAAAGGUCUUUUUGACGCAGUUUUUGCCUGCGCUGAAAGCAACGAUGAUGCUACUUUUGGCACUUGUGUCAAGAAAGUCAAGGAGCAUUUCGCUGACGAAGAAGAAAUCAUGAAGACCUCGAAAUAUUCUGGCUUUGAUACCCAUAAGCAAGCUCACGAUGAAUUUGUUGAAAAAUGCUCUAGUCUAAGUGCACCUCUACCGGAUGACAAGCUCGUCUAUAUGCAACAAUGGCUGGUCGAUCACAUCAAGGGAAUUGACUUUAAAUACAAGGGUCAACUUCAACAAUAAGCGCUGAAUCUCUGCAUUUAUUUCUCGACAUCGUGAAAUACUGCGUUUAAAAUCAAUGUUCUGGUUGAUUUAACAAUAAAAUACAACUUCAU